GGAUCAGCAGUUUUACUACUGUAUUGAAGAAGUGCAAUCCGAGUUGGUGCAGUGUCUCAGUGUUUUGUUGUGUGUUUGUGUGGCUUUGUGUGAGUUGUUUCGGGGCGUUGUUUACACUGUCGCGUCCUUGUGGAAGAUUCCCGUAGAAGGAAGAGAAAAGGCCUUCCUAGGAGAAGGUAAAGCAUAAAAAAGGAAGAAAGAAAAAUCAUUUUAACGGAACGAGGUGUGUGUUGAAGUUCUGCAUUUUCCGAGCAUCGACUGGAAAGAUAUCGUGCGCGAGCGCGCUUGUGUGUGUUUGUGUGUUUAUUGUUCUGUGCGAUUACGGUGCACACGGCUGGAGCAGUUACAGGGCCCCCAUAUGACUUCGUCCCAACCGUCACAAUCGUCCGACGGUCAACAAACGAUGGCCGACAACGGAACGAUGCUACCGACAGUGGUGGAAAGUGUGUUUAACGCAGCUCGCACAGGAAAUCUCGCUGCACUGAAGAAAUGGACCUCCAGACUGAUGCCAAACGACCUCAAGACGCUAGUGACGAUGAAAACAAAUGGCGUCACCCCACUGCUGAUAGCCUGCCGGAACGGACACUUUGACGUAGUGCAGUACCUCAUCAAGCGUUGUCACGCCGAUGUCGAGCAGGCCGGUUCCGUCAUAUUCGAUGGCGAGAAGAUCGAGGGUGCACCCCCGCUCUGGUGUGCGUCCGCUGCCGGUCACACGAACAUAGUUAAGCUCUUAGUCCAAAACGGUGCCAAAGUGAACAGUACGACCAAAACGAACAGCACACCGCUCCGGGCGGCCUGUUUCGAUGGACACUACGAAAUUGUUAAAUAUCUCGUAUCACAAGGCGCAGACAUCGAAGUCGCAAACCGCCACGGACACACCUGCUUGAUGAUCGCGUGCUACAAAGGACAUUACAAAAUCGCACAAUAUUUGCUUUCGCUCAAAACGGACGUGAAUCGGCGUAGCGUGAAAGGCAACACGGCCCUGCACGAUUGCGCCGAGUCGGGAUCGCUCGAGAUAUUGCAGCUACUCCUCCAGCACGGUGCUACAAUGGAUGUCGAUUCUUAUGGAAUGACGCCACUGCUGGCUGCCAGUGUUACCGGACAUCUACCGAUCGUGGAACAUCUGAUCAAGCUACCGUUUGUGUCGCGCGACGAACGGAUCGCAGCCCUGGAACUGCUCGGUGCUACAUAUGUCGAUAAGAAGCGCGAUAUGCUAGGGGCCCUCUCGUUCUGGAAGCGUGCCAUGGAAGAUAGAUACAACAAUAGUCCAGUGUUGCCGAAACCAACCCGCGAGCCGCUGCCACCAUACGAUUACGUACAGGAGGUCAACAAUCUCAACAUGCUGGAAGAGUUGGUGAUGGACCCGGACGAGAUGCGCAUGCAGGCGCUGCUGAUCCGUGAGCGAAUACUUGGACCGGUGCAUCCCGACACGAGCUACUACAUACGCUUCCGUGGUGCCGUGUAUGCUGACUCCGGCCGCUUUGAUCGGUGUAUCGAGCUGUGGACGUACGCACUCUCCAUGCAGCAGAGCAUCCUGGAGCCGCUCAAUCCGAUGACGCAAUCAUCGCUGCUGUCGUUUGCGGAACUGUUUAGCUACAUGUUGGGCGAGGUGGGCCGGCCUAUUACGCGCGGUCGCAUCGUACCGCCGAUUGAAACGUCCGACAUGCUUGUGGUGUUCAAGAAAUCAAUCCGGGAGGUGCAGCUCGGUCAGCAAAUGUUCGAUCAGAUGGCUUACCACGAGCGAGAUCAUGGUGCGCUCAGCAGGGCGUUGGUGAUUUCAUUGCAUCUGGCCUGUCUGCUGGUCCGGUUGCUCGACGAGGAAGAAGAGCUGUGCACGGCGGAGAUGAAACAUCAGAUCCUACAGUCGCUGUACGAUUUAGUUAGCCUAAAGAUUGUAUCGCAAACGGGUAGAACAGCUUUGCAUCUGGCUUGCUACAAAGAUGCAGCCCUCGUCGGACGGUAUCCAGUGUGUCAACUCCCAUCGGCGCGGCUCGCAAAGGCUCUGCUGCAGGUUGGCGCGGACCCGAACGCACAGGAUGAUAAUGGUAACACACCGCUACACCUGGCCGCCCAAAGCCGACCCUGUCCACCAGAGCUGGCACAAAUUUUGCUAGAACACGGAGUCCAUUUGGAUACGAGAAAUGUGGACGGUAAAACGUUUGAGUCGCUUUUGCAAAAUCAACAGCUGCACGAGCUGGUAAACCCGAUCAAGUACACGCGACUAUCGUGCCUGGCAGCCCGUGCUAUUAAGCGUUACGCAAUCAACUGCCAGCACGAGAUCCCCAAGUGUUUGCACGCGUUUGUCGACUCUCACUAACGCUUCAUCACGGCCGGUUCCGGUUUUUAGCAACAGUUAGCUCAACCCCCAGGCUGAAGAGCGGGAGACAAACCAUAUGAUGAGAAACAUAGAUUUAAAGCCAAUAUACAAGAAUUGACUGAACGGUGGUGAGCAACAUAGAUAGGCUAUGCUUUAAAGUGAAUGUUCCAAUUCGGGGAGGUUUGGUCUCCUGGGAAGGUUUGGAAAUUCACACACAAACAGACACACACCCACACACACACACACGACAACAAAUUUAGGACAUUUGAGAUGAUUUUUGCAUCAAAACAAUGAAACGCAAACAAAAAAUGCAAAAGAAAGAUAGAAACUGGUGCAAAUCAUCAUUCGCUGCCAUUAGUGUGAUCAUACAUAAGGAGAGGAUGUGUAAAUCGAACGAGAGAUGUAAAUGGAGAUACACGGUGCAGAAAAAGCAGUAUGGCGACCCUUCGAGCUUACAGUGGCGUAUGGCUGCUCAAAUUAAAUGGUGGAUACGUUCUCGUAACGGGCAGAGUACACGGCGGCCCCCUUGUCUGCACAACGACUAUAAAUGUGGAACAGUUCUUUGACGAUACACCACGAUCAGCCAACGAUUUGAGCUUGCAUCAAAACGGCUUCGGAGUGAUCUGGUGAAAUCGAUCGACGGUGAACGAGCGAGUUCCUUUCCCUGUAGCAAAAGAGGGAUGUUUGGGAGAGGAUACAUUACGCGAACAAGUUUUGUCCAGUCAAGUAGAACCGUUUUUCCUUUGCAGAAGCUUCUCACUUGUCGUGAUCCCGUGCCUUGUUCCCUUGAAGUGUACAGCAAAUUGUUUGAGUGUUGAUGCUGGUCGGUAAUUUCAUUUGAAGGAGGUGUAUCAGCACAACUGUUUGUUAGGGAAAAGUAAUAUGAGCGAUAGUGCGCCGGCAGCAUAUAUUUUCAGUUUUAGCCUGGACAUGUAGCCUUUGUGUUAUUUAAGUACAUAUUUUACGCAAUUCAACAGCUCAGGAUAAGAGAGUAAGGAAAGGAAUUCAUGAACGCUCGAGGAACAAUUUUUUUCUUAUGUUAGCUCAAAAUGAAUUUUUAUCCUUUUUACGACAUAUCCCAGCAUCGCUUUUGUGCACCGGUGAAGGACAGAGGAUAGAGAAAGAUAUAUUAGGAAAAUGUUUAAGCGAAAGAGAUUCCGUGCGAUAUGUGUAUAGGACGUUGGUUACAAUGAGUUAUGUUUAAGAAGACGCUUGAAAGAUAGAACGUUGUAUGGAGGGAGACGUGGGAAGGAUUUAUGAUGGAGGGAUUCAUAGGGUACACGGUUAUCAGCGAACGGACAGUGUGUUUUGGCCGUGUUGUCCUCCCACCAAUAAGUAACCUUCGUAUUGAUAAAGAUAAUAAAAAAAAACCCGUGUGAUAGCGACAAAAGGAGAGACAGAAAGAGAAGAUCAGAACGUUCGCCGGGUGCAUAAUUCGCCAUCGAAUACGCGCAUCGGAUGGAUACGUUUUAUCGAUAACAAAAAAAAAAGAAGAAGAAACUGUCAUCUUUGGUUCUGCCUUUUUUGUCUGCUUUUAGUUCAUAAUAGAUCUCGAUUUUUGUGCAAUUUCCCCCCAAUAAACGAAACUCCUUAUACUGUA